GGGAGCAGAGCAGUAGCUCUGUUCUAGUAUUUCCCCAUUGAGACUGGUUAUCGUUGUGGCCCAACUGCUAGAAGCAUGGUGACUUCUCCUCGUGGUAGGAAACUCAUGCUUUUUGUCUCUGAAAGCUGCCACGCUCUUUUCUCUUUCUAUCCAUACCCUCUUUUCUCUUUGUCUUUGCACCCCACCAUCAGGCAACCAGAUGUUCAUGGCAGUGAAACUGUCUGUGCGCUUUUCAUGGAGCCUUAGGACACAUGCUUCAGCAGAUGUUAGUUUGUUAAGGUGUCUAAAGAUGGUGUCAGUACAGAAAUUUCUUCCUGCUGUUUUUUUCUAGUGGCUGCUCUAGCUUUGUUCUAGGUAGAGAAGAUACAGGAUUUUACAUCUCUAAAAUGAGCAUGUGAUAGAUCUUUCUAAGUGUUUUACUUAAAUGAAUUUUGAAAGAAAUGCAGCUUGUCUUUGAGGAGGUACCUUCAGUGUGAAGGAAAGUGGCACACAUGAAGUAGAAAAGCUACUGCUAUAGUUAUUUGUCAGUUUGGAUGCCAAACUAGGAGUAUGUUUUGACGAGUCUUGCAAAAGUUAAAUUAGAUGUGCCCAUUUUAGUCACUGCAACCUCUGCUUUCACAUUGUCUGAGACAGUUGAAUGGUGGAUAGUUAUGAAAUGAAUAAAUGCCUUCUCUGUAUGCCGUUCCUGAAUCCUUUUCUAUUAGAUUUUUAUUCAUGUCAUUAAGUGUCCAUGAAUGUCUGAGGGGAGGAGAUCUAUCCCAAAGGAAUGCUGUUUAUCACAGAAUUCUUUUAUAAGUCCAUUUUAGGGGGACGUUGCUAGAGAUUAUUUUGUCACGUGCCUCGGUUAGCUGCAGAGAUUGUGAGGAGAUCAAGGCUGGGAAGUUCAUCCUUGCCCUUGUCCCAUUGUGAAGUAGCAGUAUGUCUGUGGCUGGCCUUCAGCAUAGGCAAUUUCUUACUAAAAGAACUGUAUGAUACUGCAGUAACAGCUCCUGCUAGUGACAGGUAAAGCAUUUUCAGCGUGUAACCAAAGAAUGAUGCUUUGGAUUGUUGCUAAGCAAUUAAAAACGGAUCUUUGUUCAAGACACAUAUGCUGCAUUAAAAUAAUAAAGUUAUCAAUUGUCUUUUGACAAUAGUCAAAAUACUAGUUUUCAGUUUUAUUUUUUCACUUCUGUAACGGAGAACCAGGGGAAGAAAUAAAGUGUAUAGAGGAUUUACAACUUAAAGCUUUCUUAACCCUUCGAAAAAUGGUUCAAACUCUUUCAGCUUAACUUUGUGUUUCAGGUCUGCCAAACAAUAGCAAUUGUUCAUUGACCUGACUUCAACAAAACUGAACAGCCUAUCUAGUGCUUUUUCCAUGCUGGAUUUGACAAGGACUGAGAAGAGAAUUCACUUGCUACAGCUCCCUGCUGUUAAUCUGUUUGCUGUUGAAGACUUCCUGAAUUACAGCAGAGUAUUUGCAGCCUUCUAAUAAAAUUCCUCUGGAAAUAGACUUGAAAAGUCAUUUAAACGUGUGACUAGCCACAAUUUACAUUGCUUGGAGUUUUAUGCUUUUACUAGCUUAUGAAGUUCAGCUUAAUGAUACUUUGCAAAAACUGAUCUGCUUUGGCAGAAUCCGAGAACCACAUUUUAUUGAGCUGAGAUAAGCAACGUCUUGUUUUUUGUUUUACCACCCAUAUGCAUGUGCUUAUUCCGUCAAUAUGCAACCUGCUUCAACAGUGGAAUAUAUUUAAUAUGGACUCUACUAGUUGUGGUCGGAAUUGGAUCUGUUUACUUUCAUGCCACCCUCAGUUUCCUGGGCCAGAUGCUGGAUGAGCUGGCUAUACUCUGGGUUCUUAUGUGUGCUCUUGCCAUGUGGUUCCCUAGAAGAUAUCUACCAAGAGUUUUUCGGAAUGACAGGAGCCGGUUUAAAGCUGCUGUUGGUGUCCUGUCUGGAGUUACUACCUGCCUUGCCUUCAUUAAACCUGCCAUUAAUAACAUCUCACUAAUGACUCUGGGUGUUCCUUGCACAGCUUUACUCAUUGCUGAGUUGAAGAGGUGUGAAAACCUGCGUGUGUACAAACUUGGUCUGUUUUCAGGUCUUUGGUGGAUGCUAGCACUUUUCUGCUGGAUCAGUGACAAAGCUUUUUGUGAAAUUUGGUCGUCAUUUAACUUCCCCUAUUUACACUGUGUAUGGCACAUUUUGAUUUGCCUUGCGGCUUACCUAGGCUGUGUCUGUUUUGCUUACUUCGACGCUGCCUCCGAGAUCCCUGAGCAGGGCCCAGUCAUAAAGUUCUGGCCAAGUGAGAGAUGGGCAUUCAUUGGUGUUCCGUACGUCACCCUCCUCUGCGCACACAAGAAAUCACCGGUGAAGAUCACAUGAAGUUAGCUGUGGAGUGGGAUGGAUUUUCAACUUUCAUUCCAGCUCAGACAGUAUCUAAAACAAUGAUAAAUGAAUAGGGUUGUAUUUUAUCUUCUUAAGAUAAGCAGCCUUCCCAAGUCGUAGAAACAGGUGGCAACUGUGUUCUUUCUCCUCCUUCCAGAGAAGAGAGAGGUAACAGGAACAUGAAAGCCCUUGAACUAUUUUCACUGGUUGGCUCUAUUUUGCACUUUUUUUUAAAAUGUAGCAUUUCAUUUGAUAAAAAUUUUUUCCAAGUGUCAAUAACUAGAAAUGAAGCCCCUGCAGUAGAUCAUUUUUCAUGCUUGGCUCAGUUUUGUUAACCUCUGUCUUGAGGCAUUCUUUAUAAGAGAAACUUAUCAGAGGCCUGCUGCCAUUUUUGUGUCCUCAGCUCUGAUGUGUGCGUCCUUCUCGGCUGAGAAGUAGAUGUAAUUGCACAUCGGCCACAAGGGCGUGCUCAUGUUCCUCCCAUCCUGGAGUGUAACACAGGGAUUCUGGAUGUGCAUCAAUUUGGAUCAGAAAGCAUUUGAUUGUUUCCCCAAGUACAGCAGGAGACCAGUGAAAAAUGAUUAUCACUGGAUAUCUGGCUCAAAGCAAUUAGACAGUGUAAGUGUGGAAAUAGCUGACAGAAGAUCCAGUCCCUAAAACUAAAUAGGAAUUCAGGGGUUUUGAAUGUUCCUGUAUUUCCGCUGAUUUGUGGACAUUAACAUGCUGCACGCUUUCCUUUUACAGAAAUGUUGUGGGAAUCCUUCUCUACCUCUGCAGACAUGUUUGGUAUUGAAUUUGUUAUUGAAGCUUACACAGAAAUAUGUCAGAACACAGAUCACCAAAAUUGACAGUGUGGUUAAAUUGCUAAGACUCCUGAGGUAUCUAGCUGUAUAUUUAAUUUGAGAGUUAACUUCUCAGCAAAGCUUUGCAAAGUGACAUAAACAGUAGUCCAGUAGUGCUCUGCUGAUGAUAUUUAGGAAAAAAAUAGGUAGUAUAGGUACCUGCUUAAAAACAAAGAGAAAAGACAGAUUUCAGUAAUCAAUGGAAUGUGAUAUUCAGUCUUGCAGCAUUAGAAAGGAAUAGUAGAUUCAAGCUUUCUGUUAGUUUUCAGCUUGUUUUGUAAGGGGUGCAGUUAGUUUAAAGUUUUACAUUGGGAUUUAAGUUCUGGAAUGCCUAUGGUUCUUGCAAGCUAUUAAUGCUAGAUCUGAUAACAAAACAGUGCAAAGCACAGGUAAGUUUUUUUAAAUAUUAGUUGUGAUUACUUGGAGAAAAUGGGGUCUACUUAAAUUCUACCAAAUAUCAGAACUGUAUGUAGGUUAAGGAUUUAGAUGUGCGUUUUUAGUUAAGUGGUAUUUCCUUGUUGGAUACUAGACCAAGAAAUAACAUUUUCUCUAUGUUUUGCUACUGAGUCUCAUGUCCUUAUUUUUUACGAAUAUGAGUAUGUACUCUGUACAAUAUCAUCUUUAGGAAAAUGGCUUUUAAGAAGAACUUUGGGGUGAAUUAGCUUUCAAGCAUUGUAAAAUCUUUUUAAUAAUUUUGUAUUCAAAUUUAUGCUGAGAAAAUGGAAGCUGAUGCGUAUGCUAUUACCCGUAAAGCAAAGUUGUUAGUAGGGGAUAUAACUUCUUGAGAACUUUGAGGUGGGUAAGUAGCCUACUGUCAGAUUGAUUAAUGGAUCACAAAAGCAGCCAAAUCUUUACUUCAUUGCAGCAAUGAAUAUUUAUACCACUUGCUUGUAGAUUUGUUGGACAGAAACAUGGUUUAAGGCACAUAUUUUUGUAUGAAACUUCUUUGUAACUGUACACACAGCAAUGUUUGUUACUCGUUGAAAGCCAGCUACUUUUUCCAUUUUUUCUUCUCUCCUUGAUUCUGAAAUGCUCAGUUUUAACCAAUUCUCAGGUAUUAAUCUUGUGAUUAGAUCCUUAUACUGAUAGACUUAUUGGCUGGAACCCAGCUACGGUUGCUGUCUUCAGAUAAAGCCCUACCUUGAGUUAGAUUUCUUCAAUAGUGCUUACUAAAUUAUAAUAAUAAGAUAUUUUCAAUAUUGCUUGGGGAAUUAGAGAUUGCAAAUAUAUGUACUGUUCAGAAUGACUGGAGACUUACUGCUUAAUAUUUUGUUUGAAAGAAAACUGUGAUGUGAGGGCUCUAACCAUCCUGCAGACAGCUGCUGUCUUCUGCCCUAGAGUCUGACUGCUUAUAAAGAAAUGAUUUUGUAAUUUAAAAAAUGUAGGGCAAUCAGCUAUUGCAGAGGUGAAUAAAUGCAGGUAUAGUUCAGAAUAAUCUCAACUUUAUUUAUUAACUAACCUCUAACCCUCAUACUUUUCAUAAGAGAUGCUGUGAACAAAUAUUACUAUCCAUUGUACGAAACUACACUGUAGAUUGGGGGUAUUCCAGGUAUGAGGGCACUCCAGCAUUUUCAGAUGUAGUUAUUGCACUUUACCUUAAAUUAUUAUUAACUUCUAUUCCAACAAAAACCACAUUUAUUUCAAAAAUGAAAAGAAAUGCAUAUUUUGCUUAUUCACGGCUUCACAGCUUUACUUUGAACUAAGGCUCCAGUUUAGGAUAACAUCAGUACAGAAAGAAGUAUGUAAUUGGCACACCAAGUGGUUUGUACACUGCCCGUAUCAAAAAGAUGACUAGAAGUGUGCACAAAUAGGCCUGUUAUCCUGGAGUAUGAAAUGAUGGUUUUAAAAUCUUGGAAUGCUUCCUUCCUUUGCUGGCAGGAAGUUAUUGGGUUUCUAGACUUCUCUUUCAAUUAGCAUUUUAGUUUAGCUAGAGGAACACAAUAGUGUGUUGAACAUGAUGUGGAUUCUUUAUAGAUAGGUGUUGGUAUGUGAGGUGCAUCAUUAUCUGAGUUAAACUUUAGGAAUAUUUAAGAAAGGAUGUUUAGAUCUGUCAUGGCGAACGCUUGCCAAGUUCACAGUCACUCAGUAAAUAGUGUGUAAGGAAUUGCUCUGUUUUGCAUCUCAUUUGAAGUCUGUAUACUGAGUAUUUGUGGAAAGCAUGUAACACUUGGAACAUUAAAUUGCCUUCAGAAUAAAUACUGUUUGCCUUUU